AUGGCUGGUAUAAAUUCCGAUCCGGUGCCUCGAAUUGACGAUAAAGAUGGUUCAUACUCAUCUGGUUGUACAUUACCAUACUGGUUAGAUUCACUUGAACGUCCAACGUUUUCAAAACUUACUUAUGAUGAAACAUGUGACUUUAUUGUUGUCGGAGCUGGGAUUGCUGGCUUACAAAGCGCUUAUUGUCUGGCAUCUCAUGAUCCAUUGAAACAAAUUAUUUUAAUUGAUGACGGUGAAAUAUGUUCAGGUGAAACCGGUCGCACAACGGCACAUUUACAAAUUGAAAUUGAUGAUUAUUAUCACGUUGUUGAACAAAUGUAUGGCGAAGAGGCAGCACAAUUAGUGUGCGAUUCAAAUCAUAAAGCUGUACAGUUUAUUGAAGACACAGCAAAUGGAAACCAAAUUGAUUGUGAAUUUCAACGUCUUGAUGCCUAUUUGAUACCAGCUACAGAAGAUGAUAAACACAAAGUGAUUGAUAAAGAAUUAGUUUCAGCAAGAAAAGCUGGUAAGUGUACGUCUACACUGUACCUCUAUAAAAUUGAUCUAUCGGUUCUAGUUUAGCCUUUUGUGACCACUUUUUUGAGUGCAUGAUUAGUCUAUAGCUAUAAAAAGGGUGAGUUUUGAACCCUCACUGAACAAAAUUAGCAUCUUCGCUCAUACAUUUCUUAUUUAAGAACGUUUGAUACAUUAGAAAACUGUCAGCUUUUGAUCCGCUAUAGCUAGAAAGUUGGGACUUUCAAGAUCGACAAGGAAUCAGAUAAACAUGCCGACAGCGAAGAGAUUUGAAUUCUAUGUCAAGUCCUUCAAAAUGUUACCACAGUCACCACAAUCAACGCGAUUUUACCUCGUGUGAAAACUACCCACAUUUUUCAUCCGCAAGGAUUUCAGCUACAAGACUGCGAUAUUCGGAUCGGGCAUGUCGCAAAAUCUUUUUUUUCAGAAAACUUUUAUGGAAAUAUGCCCCCAAGUUUCCUCUUUCCACUGGUGAAAAUCGGAGCUCUCUAGCUCUUUUCUAUCAAAAGAUAUUCAAAACACAACCAAGUGCACGGUGUUUUGACGCCGCUAAUAGAAAAAUGUUUUUCAAAUCUAGAAAACAAAGUAGUGGUAGUUUGCUAACCCGUGUUUUGUGAUACUCCUAGGUACACACUAUCGAUAGAUGAUAAGAGAAAACCUAGGUGUUUACCUUUUGUUUCAACCAAAUUUUUUCACAGAAACGAUACUGUUUUUAUCAGAAUUACUCAUACAUUUGUGUUCACGAUGAAAAAGAGAAAAUGUUGUCUUUUUCUUCUUUCUUUUCUCUCUUCCCGUAUGAUAAACAAGUUCUCUUUCUAAUUUGUGAUCAAUAUAAGAACAUCUAGUUGACUUUUAUAUUUUCUAAUUUCUAUGAGCAAGAAAAUUCCCUCUCUAAAGAGUAUACUUUGAGACUAAUUUCAUCAUGUUUUACCUGAUUUUCUCGUCGGGAACAUGAUACAAUUCAUUUCAGGUUUAAGCUCAAAAUAAGUAAGUAAGUAAAUAGUAAUUUUAUUCACAUCUUUUAACUCUUUCAAUUGAUGUGUACUUACUCUACAGUUAUCAACUAACUUAUUCAAUUUUGCAUAUUAAUUUUAUAUAUACGCGUGUCUUCACUACGCUUCAUGCAAAUAAGACGUAUAAAUCAAACAAUAAACGCAAUUUCCUAUACUUUUUGAAAUACCUUUGGAUCCUGUUUUCCGACUUGAUAACAUCAUGUUCUGCUCGAACUUUUCUUCGAGAAGGUGAUGCAAUCAACUUUUUGAGUUUUCCUCGAUCAUAUGAGCUCUCACCGUGCUGCUACAUAUCCAUUAUGCAUUAAACAUUCCACCCUUUUGCACCAUGUGGACGAAGAAAAAACCUGGUAAAACAUCGUGCAAUAAAUAGAUAGUUCAAUUCUUCACAGACGUUUUAGUUUAAUUUAUUUUUAUCCAGCAAAAGCGAGAGUCAUCAAAGAUCCGGGACCUUUAACAGACGUAUCGCUUUUUUUCAAUUUUGUUUCCUCAGUGAGAAAAUUCAUUUUUUCUAGACCACAAGCGAAAAAAUCAGAAUUAUAUCUGUAAUUGUCGUUGUUCUCUACCAGAAUACAUUUUUUAUAAACGAAACUCUUUCUCUCAACAAAAAAAACAUUUCUCUCAACACCAAAUAUUUCACCGCGAAGAUGAAUUAUAUGCAGGAUUUUAAGUAAGUUAAGCCCGUUCCUUCGAAAGUUUAACGUAUUGCUACAAAAAGGAUUCGGGGCUCUGUUUUUCAGGGCAUUUGCUUUGACAGAACAUGGAAGAGAAAAACAGAGGUUAAUGUACAUGUGUUUGCCUGAAAGAAACAAAAGCACAGGAAAUUUGCG